GGCACCUUACUUGGUUAAAACCACCAUGACUGAUUCUCCCCCAUUGGUAACCCCAAAGCUGUGUGAUUGGAUUUCUGGCUUGUCUCUGUCUGAUAUCCCACCGGAAAAAGUGCAAAGAUGCAAGUAUUUGAUUCUGGACGGACUUACCUGUGCCCUGAUCGGAGCACAUCUACCCUGGUCUAAGGAUGCUGUGAAGGGAGUUCUUUCGAUGGAGGGUGAAGGAAGUUAUAAUAUAGUCGGAUGGGAAAAGAAAACUGGACUGCUGGCAGCGGCACUUCUCAACAGCACGUUUAUUCAAGGAUUCAAACUGGAUGAUUACCAUCAAGAAGCCCCAAUCUAUUCUAAUGCUAUUGUACUCCCAACCAUGCUGGCCGCGCUUGAGUUCUGCCAUGUAUCCGCAUCAUCCACAAAUACCAUUCCAAUAACCGGGGCCGAAUUCCUUCUUGCGGCUAUUAUGGGCUACGAAACGGGCCCACGAGUCGGCCUUAGAAUUUACGGCAUCAAUGUUCUGUCUCGCGGAUGGCACUCUGGAGCAAUCUUUGGCCCUGCUGCCUCUGCGGCGGCAGCAACAAAACUCCUCUGGCUUCCUGCCCCCUUGAUUGAGAAUGCUAUUGGGAUCGCGUGCACCCAGGCAGGGGGGUUGAUAUCGGCUCAAUACAAAAGUUCUGUCAAGCGGAUGCAGCAUGGCUUUGCAGUUCGGAAUGGUCUGUUCGCCGCGUUUAUGGCCCGGAGUGGGUAUUCUGGUAUCAAACAGGUUUUAGAGCGGCCUUAUGGGGGCUUCCUCAGUACCUUUGGUGCAGGAAGUGGACGAAAUCUCGCGUAUCGGGCCGACCGUGUAGUGCAGGGGCUCAGUUCCAUUUGGGAGCUUGAUCAGAUUAUUGUUAAACCAUAUGCGUCGAUGGCGGCAACCCAUAGAACUAUUGACGGCAUCAGCUUGCUGCAGAUAAAGUAUCCCGCAAAGUUGGUGGCAAAUAGGAUUCGCCGGGUCACUGUCGAGCUGUCAGAACCGGCCUUUAAAAAGGGGGGCUGGGAGCCAAAGCAACCUUUAACAGUUACUGGGGCCCAGAUGAGUUGCAUAUACGCGGCUGCCAUGCAGCUGCUAGAAGGAGAAGUGCAGCCGGCCCAAUUAGAGCGGGAUGAUAUUCAAUAUGUGCACAACCAGGCCUUCGAUGAGGAUGUAGAUACAAUCUGGCAGCAGCGAAUCCACGUGGAGCUAUGGGAUCAAACGGGGGAGCCAAAGACCCUGAUCGAGUUCGUUGCAGCGCCGCGCGGUAACAAGGCCCCUCUGUCGGAGGAGGAUAUUCUCGAUAAAUGGCGCCGCAUAACAAGGGAUGUUAUCGACCAAGAGCGGCAAGCCGCAAUUGAGAAUCUGGUACUUGGACUGGAGCAGGUUGCAGACAUGCGUCAACUGACUCAAUUACUACGUGGCCGGACAGGAAAUGUGUUUGAAACUGGUUGUGGCCAUCAACACCAACGCCCUGACGACCAAAGGGAAUCAACUAGCAGUAAAGAAAGAAUUUAUAGCCUGUAA